AUGUCUCCCCUCUGGAGCAGCUUGCCGGUCGAAUCCAACGUGGUGCGCGAUAAUGGCAUCACGAAUGGCUCGACCAAAAACAGCCAAUCAAAUGGAUCUGCCGAAGAGCCUGUUCCUGUAGAUAUCUCAACUGAGAUCCAAUAUCCCCAGAAUGGAUCGGGUCGCAAUUACGCCCUGCCAAAUACCUGGCACUCCAAGAAGACUAAGAUCCGCGUUGUUUGUAUUGGAGCAGGACCUUCAGGUAUUUGUCUUGCCUACAAAAUGCAGCACCAGAUGGACCCAAAUACCUGGGAACUGUCCAUUUACGAGAAGAAUGACGACAUUUGUGGCACGUGGUAUGAGAACAAAUACCCAGGCUGUGCCUGCGAUAUUCCUUCGCACAUCUACACCUACAGCUUCGAGCCUAACCCUCAAUGGUCGACCUACUUUGCAUAUGCGCCGGAAAUCCUCCAGUACUUCAGGAAAUUCGCCGAAAAACACCAAUGUCGCCGCUUCAUCCAAGUGAACUCGAAGGUGGUAGCUGCUACAUGGCAUCCGAGCGAAGGCAUUUACAAAAUCGUCAUUGAGGAUACUACUACUGGAGAAACGAGGGAGGACUGGUCGCACGUACUCGUGAAUGCGACGGGAAAUCUUAAUAAAUGGAAAUGGCCUGAAAUCGAAGGGUUGCACGACUUUGCCGGGCCAAAGAUGCAUCCGUCCCAGUGGGAUGAAUCUGUUGACUUCGCAGGCAAGACAGUUGGCAUUAUCGGCACCGGAUCUACCGCAAUUCAAGUCGUUCCUCAGCUCCAAAAAAUCUCAAAGAAUCUGAAGCUGUUCAUGAGAUCUCCAACCUGGAUCAGCCCCCCCUUCGGAGGAGAUGUGUUGAAAGAUGACAUUAAAGGCGGACAGGAGAACACCGCCAGUCGGCAGUACGUCUUCACCGAGGAAGAUAAACGCAAAUUCAGGGAAGAUCCAAAUUUCCUGCUAAAUUUACGGCAGAAAAUCGAGGCCGAGGUAAAUCUACUUUUCCCAUUCUUCGAGCGAGGAACGAAUUUGCAGAAAAAAAUGCAUUCCAAGAUGACGGAGGAGAUGAACACACGUAUUGGAUCCGGGCAUGAUGAGUUAAAGAAACAUUUGAUUCCCAAAUGGCUCCCAGGCUGCCGUCGGAUAACUCCAGGAGACGGCUAUCUCGAGGCUCUCACCCAAGAGAACGUCCAACCGAUUUUCAAUGACAUCUCCAAGAUCACGCGGGACGGAGUAAUUGACUUUGAUGGAGAGCUUCAUAAGGUUGAUAUCUUGGUGUGCGCUACUGGGUUCGAUAUUCCAUAUGCCCCCCAUUUCAAACUAACAAACGGAGACGGUAUUAACAUGCAAGAUGACUGGAAUAACGACCCAAAUCUGUAUCUUGGAGUGACUGCUCCACGAUAUCCAAACUAUUUCGUCAUGGUUGGUGUCGGUGGAACAUGGGCCAAUGGAACCAUCCUGCCUGCUUUGGAGACCGCCUCCGAACACUUCAUUAAGAUAUUUCGCAAAAUGCAAGAGGAAGGCAUCAAGUCGAUCGAAGUCACCCAGGAUGCAUGUGACGAUUUCAUCUACCAUCUGGAGCUAUUCCACAAAUCCAAGCAAACUGUCUGGAGCGACAGCUGUCGCAGCUGGUACAAGAAGAAUGGCAAAGCAUGGAUCUGGCCAGGUGCUACUAUCCACUACCUAAAGACCCUUAACGCGCCUCCACGCUAUGAAGACUACAAGUUCACGUACUGGAAGGGCCGGCGAUUCGCCUACUUUGGUGAUGGCAAUGUUCAAGCAACCGUCUUGAAAGAAGACGUUUCGGCCUUGGCACCAUAUAUCAGGAAGAGCGAUCACCCGUGGGAUAUUGCGUAG